AUGGUGAUGAUAAUGCAUGAUGAAGACAAUUGCGAUGGGACUUCAGGCUUUGCCUUCUCGGUUCGGCUGGAGAUGGAUUUCAUGCGGCGGGGCCGGCCCAGCAUCCGAAGAGAGCUGCUGCAGCUCCAUGGCGCAGAGCUGCUGCGGCGCAAUUUAUUGUCGCCCAAGUCAAAGAAGAAGUCUGGGCAAACCUUGGGCAAGACAGGAUAUGCGCUGGUUGGAGGACUGAAGAGCGCGCGCGAGCUCAUGAAAGCAGCUGCUAAGCUGAAGGCUGCAGGUUUCCUGAAGCCGCAGAACUUGGCAGACGUGAUAGUUGAAAAUGAGGAAGGAAUGAGACGCUUGAGCUUGCGGCGUGAAGCAAGUUUGGCGCAGGAGCCGGGACAAGUAGAACUCGUGUCCGAAGGAGGUGGCGGAUCGCCGAUGCCAGCGUCCAUUGUGGGAAAACAGAGCCUGGCUGGGCUAAAGACGGACGAAGAGUACUUGGCAGAGUUGACAACAACUUGCAAGAAGAAGGCUGGUGACUUUGAAGAUCGGCAAAAGCUGCGGGAUGAGGAGCUCGUGGCCAUUGGCGAGGCCGCCAAGGCCAUCUCGGAGAUCACCAGCAGCAGCCUGGUCCAGAUGAAGGCAAAGCAGGCGUCGAAGAGCACGGUCCUGGCGCAGCUGCGGAGCGAGGUCCUGAGCCCGGUGCAGGCACAAGUGGCUCGAUUUCUGCAGCGUGAGGCCACCCAGAUCAACAGCCGGGUCCUCUCAGCGCUGGCGGAGCGUGCCCUUGCGGAUCCCAUGGGCAAGGUCAAGAAGAUGAUCGAGCAGCUCAUCACACGUUUGGAGGAGCAGGGCCAGGCGGAGACCACCAAGAAGGCUUGGUGCGAUUCCGAGAUAAGCACCAACAAGCAGACGCGUGAGGAGAAGAGUGAUGCUGUGAGUACACUCCAGGCAGAGAUGGAUAAGCUUCAGGCGGAGCUUGAGAAGCUGGACGAGGACACCACGGGUCUCGCCAGCGAGCUCACUGAGCUCGAGGCUGCGGUCUCCCAGGCCACUGAGCUUCGUGCGAAAGAGAAGGAGAAGAACGAGGCCAACUUGAAGGAAGCCAAGGCUGGCCAGGAGGCCGUGGCCAAGGCCAUCCUUGUCCUCAAGGAGUUCUACGCCAAGGCUUCCAAGCCCUCGUUGCUGGCUACAAGUCGGACUUCGACCUCGCGACUAAGAGACGCGCCAGAGGUCUUUGGCGAUGAGGCAUACCAAGGUAUGAAGAACACCAAAAGCGGUGUGAUCUCCAUGUUGGAGGUCAUCGAAGGUGACUUCAGCCGCUUGGAGGCGGAGACCACCAUCGGCGAGGCCGCAGCGGCGAAAGAGCAUGAGACCUUUGUGGAGGAGUCGAAGCUCACAAAGGUUGAAAAGUCCAAGGAAGCAGAGCAUAAGAAGUCCCGGAAGCAGGAGAAAAGCUCUGAGCUUUUGAGUCUCAAGGCAGAUCUGAGGGGCACCGAGAAGGAGCUGGAAGCUGCGGAGUCCUACUAUGAGAAGCUGAAGCCUGAUUGUUUGAAUGCAGGGGAUCUCAGAACCGAAACAGUCAACCGGUCGGUCUCGGACCGCCACUGGCCACCCUUUUCAUCGCAGACGAACUCCGUCGAUGACUUCGAAGUCAGAAGUCUCAUCAACGUUCUGAAAGCAUUUAUGGUUGAAGACAGCCUGCUGCCUAUAUUUAUGCGGAAUAUUUGCAUGCAGGAUUAA